AUGCCACUGAGACAGAAAUGCGUCGAUUGGCUGGCUUGGUCGAGCAGUGCAGGAAGGAGCUGGAUGACGUGCUGUCGAAAAAAUGAGACCCCCUCGGAAUCAAUCUCCGUGCUGCGUUUCCCUCAGUCCGGAACACUCGAAUUAUAUAGCCAGGCAUACAACAAACAGUCCGUGAAGCUGAACUUUCAUAUGUGCCAUGUAAACAAAACCCCUUUUGCGUCCAGACGAGGCACAUGUCCCUCUCCCAAUGCCGACAGCGCUCUUGCGUCCUUAUGGGCUUCCUUCGCAGAGUACCUUCUCCACCAUGCGCCCCGCACGAGCUGGUCCCUCGAUGAGGACCGGGGUUCCCUCAUGCACAUUACGGACUCCUGCGGCAGGUAG